CAUCGUUUGUUGGUUAGGUUAGUCGAUGGCGUUCCGUGUUACUAGCACACGCCAGCGCCCGAACCCCCGGCCAGUGCCUUCCCUCUGGAGCAUCGCACUCAACAAGGCCGCCUCCAUGGCCAUGGCCAGCGAGGGCAGCAGCAGGCGUCUGGCCCUCCUCGCACAGCUCAGCAGACAGCCCAUGACGGAGAUCCCCGCUGGCGUGACGCUGCCGAUGGCCCUCGAGCAGCACAAGGAGCAGAUCAUGACUCGGGAGGGCCUCCAUGGCGUGCUGUCGUUCGCCACAGGCAAUGUCCUGGAGGCGGCCAUCAAGACGGUGUACGUGCUGGAGAAGGGCGGGGCGUGGCGGGAGUGGGUGGGGCCCCUCCAUCUCGCCAAGCAUCAUGGGUGCGUGGAUGCCCUGCCCAUCCAGAUGACGGCGCGCGACCUGCGGCACAUCGGCAUCAAGUGGCGGUUUGACGGGCGGCCCGAGAGAGUACGCCAGUUCUCCCUCUUCGGCCAUCGACUCAAGUUACAGAACGGUGAGAAGCUGAGUCUGCGCGAGAUGGAGUACGAGGGCUUCUGGCAGUGCCACGAGGCGCCGAAGGCCGGCUGCGCAUUCUCAUACGACGCCAAGGACCCGCCAUGUGACGACAACAUCAGUGGGUUGCGCACGACGACCAACAAACGGAUAACACUCAUGUGCAUGUUGCCCACCUCUGUGUGUGCAGACUUUUCUGUUCUCACCGGAACAUUUUCCAGCUUCCAAGGCGCCGUGCUGUACAGGUAUGUAAGGCUGGACACUCACACACCACACACCAUCAAGCAACCCACCAGCCACAGUCUGCUCUUGGUUCGCCUUCACAGCAUUCAAGGCGGCGAGGAGAUGGGCGGCAUGAAGACGCUCGCCUAUAAGGACAUGGUUAAGGAGCUCGACCCGCAACGAUACGCCCGUGCCCUGGCCAUCCACCAAGAGCGCUCACCUGCCCGCCUGAAGGUCCAGUACGAGGCCCAUGAGGACACCUUCAGGGCCGUCUCCGCGCCACCCGACGAGACGGACAAGAUCUCCGGCAGCCGCAUCACGCUGCACGGCGACAAGGCGGGCGACGAGUACGCCCUCUACUUGGCCAUCGAGCUCCGGCAGGAGGAGGACGACCCCUGCAUCAACGAGGACGACGACGAUGACUUGUUCGGUGUGUUCGAUGACCACAACGGGCCGUGGGAGGUGGUCGUGGUGAAGCUGCUGACGACGGCCAAGGGGACCAGCCAGAAGGAGGCUGCCGUGGCCAAGGCGAGGGAGGUGCUGGGGGAGGCGGAUAUGCGGAUGCUUUUCAACCGCCUCCUGACGCAGGGUAGUAGCAGCCAUGCGCAGCGGGCGUCGGCGGCGCCUUAGAUUGAACGCCUUUUUGUAAGUGACUUGAAGUAGAUGGGGGGGGGAGUGUGGCCCUUUCUGGGUGCGUCUGCUGCUGCUGUUGGUGUGGUGUGGUGUGGUGUAUGUUAGUUGACGGCUUUGUGUGGCUCGUGUGCGGGUGGCGGCGUGUCUGCGGGCGGCAUUAAGCAUGCAUGUACUGACGGCGGCAGCACGCAUGACGGCAUCGUCAGAAACGCUGCCGCCGGCCCGAGACAACACGCCGAACCAACGCCUGUGUCUGGUGGGUGUGCAUAUGUAAAUAUAAAAGCAUCGUUUAUGCCUAGAAGACAGUCUGUCGAUCGAUGUGUCCACGACGGCUGCACAUGGCCUCCGUGUAUGAAUGGAUGCCGUGGCUGAUUGGUGCGCUGAUCGUGCUUUUCUGUCCGGGCUGUGCUGCGUUUGUAUAUGUCAUAGCUCUAUGGUCAGUGUGGCGCUGCUGAUGCAGUGUGGCGGACCAAUGGCGUGGUGUACGUGACGUGAAAGAAUUGAACGCAUUUGCCUUGAACGAACUUGAUAGAUA